GAGGAAAUCCCAGCGCUCCAUUAGACCAGAACCCAGCGCUCCAUUAGACCAGAACCCAGCGCUCCAUUAGACCAGAACCCAGCGCUCCAUUAGACCAGAACCCAGCGCUCCAUUAGACCAGAACCCAGCUGUGUGGGAGAGUGAUGUAAUGCCCCCCCCCCCCCCUCCUUUCAGGGUGGAGCCUGCUGGAGUCAGAUGGUUGACACCAGGUCUGAGGAAGUAUUCCUGUGAACUCACAGUUGACACCAACACGGUGCACAGGAAACUCAAACUGUCUCACAACAACAGGACGGUGACCCAUGUGGAGGAGGAUCAGCCAUAUCCUGGUCAUCCAGAGAGGUUUGAGACCUGGGAACAGCUGCUGUGUAGAGAUGGUCUGACUGGUCGCUGUUACUGGGAGGUCCAGACCAGAGGAUGGGUUGAGAUAUCAGUGAGUUACAGAGGAAUCAGGAGGAAAGGAGGCAGUGGAGAUUGUGGGUUUGGAUGUAAUGAUCAGUCCUGGAGUCUGGUAUGCUCUGAUGGUCGUUACUAUGUCUGGCACAAUAACGGAGAAACCUCCGUCUCCGUCCCCUGUGUCUCUGGUAGAGUAGCAGUGUAUGUGGACUGUCCUGCUGGCUAUCUGUCCUUCUACACAGUCUCCUCUGACUCACUGAUCCACCUCCACACCUUCAACACCUCAGUCACUCAGACUCUCUAUCCUGGAUUCAGGAUGUGGUCUAGUGGCUCCUCAGUGUCUCUGUGUCCUGUGUUGGACUGAGAGUCUCCUUCUGUCUUGGCUCCUCAGUGUCUCUGUGUCCUGUGUUGGACUGAGAGUCUCCUUCUGUCUGUCACUGCUGAUCAGCUGAGUGUAUAGAACUUGGACAGACU